AUGCAUUUCCCUAAGCUUGAUGACUCUCCUAUGUUCCGUAAACAGAUACAAUCAUCGGAGGAAAGUGCUGAAUCCUUGAGAGAGAGAUGUUUGAAAUUUUACAAGGGAUGUCGAAAAUACACUGAAGGACUUGGAGAGGGAUAUGAUGGGGACAUUGCUUUCGCCAGUGCACUGGAAACUUUUGGUGGGGGGCAUAAUGAUCCGAUCAGUGUUGCCUUUGGGGGCCCUGUCAUGACGAAAUUCACCAUUGCGUUGAGGGAGAUUGGUACUUACAAGGAAGUCCUUAGGUCUCAGGUUGAGCACAUGCUGAAUGAUCGAUUGCUGCAAUUUGUUAAUAUUGAUUUGCUUGACGUCAAGGAAGCACGUAAGAGGUUUGACAAGGCUAGCCUUCUUUAUGAUCAGGCUCGGGAUAAGUAUCUGUCUCUGAGGAGAGGCACGAAGAAUGAUGUGGCCGCCGCAUUGGAGGAGGAGCUUUAUACUGCAAGGAACACUUUUGAGCAGGCUCGUUUUAAUUUGGUAACCGCUCUUUCUAAUAUUGAAGCCAAGAAGAGGUUUGAAUUUCUGGAAGCAGUGAGUGGUACUAUGGAUGCCCACCUUCGCUAUUUCAAACAAGGCUACGAACUAUUGCAUCAGAUGGAGCCUUAUAUUAAUCAGGUGUUAACAUAUGCACAACAGUCAAGAGAACGGUCAAACUAUGAGCAGGCAGCCCUUAAUGAAAGGAUGCAAGAGUAUAAACGACAAAUUGAUCGUGAGAGUAGGUGGUCUGCAAAUGGUUCUAAUGGCUCUCCAAAUGGAGAUGGUAUACAAGCGAUCGGUAGAAGUUCCCACAAAAUGAUUGAGGCAGUAAUGCAAUCUGCAUCAAGGGGAAAGGUUCAAACCAUAAGACAAGGGUAUCUAUCAAAACGGUCGUCAAACCUUAGAGGUGACUGGAAAAGAAGGUUCUUUGUUCUUGAUAGUCGGGGAAUGUUAUAUUAUUAUCGCAAACAAACUAGCAAGCCAUCUGGGUCGGGAAGUCAACUUUCUGGUCAGAGGAAUAGUUCGGAAUUGGGUUCUGGAUUGCUAAGUCGAUGGCUCUCUUCUCAUCAUCAUCAUCAUCAUGGAGGAGUACAUGAUGAAAAAUCUGUUGCUCAUCACACUGUUAACUUGUUGACUUCUACAAUAAAAGUUGAUGCUGACCAAUCAGACCUGAGAUUUUGCUUUAGAAUAAUUUCACCCACAAAAAACUAUACCUUGCAGGCUGAAAGUGCCCUGGAUCAGAUGGAUUGGAUUGAGAAAAUAACCGGAGUGAUUGCUUCCUUGCUGAGUUCUCAGGCUCCAGAGAGGUGUCUAACUGCUAGCCCUAUGGGAAGUGGGCAUCAUCGAUCCGCUAGCGAAAGUAGUUCUUUUGAGAGUUCUGAUUUUGAUCACACAGCAGUUGAUGACUAUGCGUCCGAGAGGCUUGCCUCGGUCCAUCUCGAAAGGCCAUUUAGAAACUCACAGCAAUUUCGAUCAUGUGUUAGAAGUGAGAAGCCAAUUGAUGUUUUGCAUAAAGUUUCUGGGAAUGAUAAAUGUGCUGAUUGUGGUGCCGUUGAACCAGACUGGGCAUCAUUAAAUUUGGGUGUUCUUGUCUGUAUUGAGUGCUCUGGCGUUCAUCGUAACCUCGGUGUGCACAUAUCAAAGGUUAGAUCGUUGACCCUUGAUGUGAAAGUGUGGGAGCCAUCUGUUUUGACCAUGUUUCAGUCUUUGGGCAAUAACUUUGCAAAUUCUAUUUGGGAGGAGUUGUUGCAGUAUCGGAGCAGCUUCCAAAGUGAUUUUGGUUCCGCAGGGUCAACCAAGUCCGAAAGACCUCAACUGAUAUACAUAAGCAAGCCAAGUCCUGCCGAUUCCAUUGCAACAAAGGAAAAGUUUAUCCAUGCAAAGUAUGCAGAUAAAGUUUUUGUGCGAAGGCUUCGGGAUAUGCGUCUAGUUGCUCAACAGAUAUGGGAGGCAGUACGCGCAAAUGAUAAGAAAGCUGUAUACCAUCUCAUUGUCUGCUCUGAAGUUGAUGUAAAUGCUAUUCAUGAGGAAUACACCAGCAAUUCUUCUUUGACCCUUGCCAAAGCGAUGCUUUUGCCAGAGCAGACUAAUCUUGAUCAUAGCUCUAGUUACUCGGAGGCCUGCCAAGAGUUGUGCACUAGUUCUAAUGCUAAAACAUCGACAAGUGAAAGCCAGUCAGGCGAAUAUCUCAAUGGUAUCAGCUUGCUCCACCUUGCGUGUGAAACUGCGGAUAUUGGGAUGUUGGAGCUUCUUCUACAAUAUGGUGCAAACAUAAAUGCCUCUGACUCAAGAGGUGAGACUGCCCUUCAUCGUUGUAUAGUGAGAGGCAAAACAGCGUUUGUGAAGCUGCUCCUUUCCAGGGGAGCUGAUCCACAUGUUCUGAAUGGGGAAGGUAAAUCACCAUUGGAGCUUGCCGUGGAAUCAAAUUUUGAUGAUCAAGACAUCCUUGCUAUGUUGUCAGACUCGAAUCCGACUCCGAUUCUCAAAGGCCCUGUGGUUUUUUCACCAAAAAUUCCUCCAAAUACACUUCAAUUAGCUCUUUCCAGUGAAACCCAGCUUCUAGGUUCAAGCCCAAAUGGAAAUUACUUCAAGGCUGUUCUUGAUAAUGGCCUUACUGUAGCCAUCAAGAGGCUGGAGCCUUUUGAGCCUAGCUCACCUGAAAUUCAGAGCAAAUCCUUGAAGAGAAAAGUACAGCAAGAACUUGAAAUGCUUGCUGGAUUAAAACACAGGAACUUGAUGAGUUUAAGGGCUUACAUUAGGGAACUUGAUAGGCUCUGUCUGGUUUAUGAUUAUGUGCCCAAUGGAAGCCUUGAAGAUGCAAUGAGAAAAGUGAGGGAUAAUCAGCUGCAACUUAGCUGGGAAAUUCGACUUAAGAUUGCUGUUGGGAUUGUCACUGGGCUACAUUAUCUUCAUUUCUCUUGCAGUAAUAGAGUGUUGCACUACAACUUGAAGCCUGCUAAUGUAUUGUUGGAUGCUGAAUUUGAGCCUAGGUUGGCUGAUUGUGGCUUGGCAAAACUCAUCCCUAGUUUUAAUUGGGCGUCGUCCUUGGGCUACAGUGCUCCUGAGUCUUUCCAGAAUUGCAGGUACACUGAUAAGAGUGACAUCUUCAGUUUUGGAGUCAUCUUGGCUGUUCUAUUGACUGGGAAGGAUCCGUUGGACAGUUUCUUUGGGGAAGCUCCUAAUGGAGGAAGUUUGGGACAAUGGCUUCGGCAUCUGCAGCAGGCAGGAGAGGCUCGAAAGGCACUGGACCAAAGUAUUCUCAAUGGGCAAGAAGUUGAGGAAGAUGAAAUGCUGAUGGCUGUUAGAGUUGCUGUUGCAUGCCUCUCUGACUUGCCUGCAGAGCGACCCUCAAGCGACGAACUUGUCUCUAUGCUCACUCAACUGAAUAGUUUCUGA